AUGUCCUCCUCCGUACAAUCAGCAUGGAAAAUUAUUCCCAUGUUCCACUCGCUUAACAUUUCCCACACCGUCGACUUUUACACUCAACGGCUCGGCUUUGAGAUCGGAGAGGUGAAGCCCGACCCGUCGGAUGAGAAAUCAGAGACCUCAGAACCAUAUUUCUGCUCCCUCUUCAUCGGCAAAAAAGCAGACGCGAAUCUCUACUUCUCUCUCAAUAGGGAGGAGUUCAAACCCACACAGGCGUUGAUUGCACUGGGUACGGUCGAGUUGGAUGAGUAUUACAAGUACCUGAAAUGUCGCGGGGACGUGGAAAUCACCGAUGAACUGGAGGACACGGACUGGGGAUGGAGAUGGUUUACUAUUAAGGAUGAUGAUGGGAAUUCUUUGACGUUUUUUAAGUUUUUGGAGGGGGGGAAUCCGGGGGAAUAG